AUGGAUCAACAUUUGAUUUCGACCGUCAACCGUCUUCAGGAUGCGUUUGCCACGUUGGGUCCGACCACGAACCCGAUAGACUUGCCACAGAUUACAGUGGUUGGUUCGCAGAGUUCGGGCAAGAGUUCGGUGCUGGAGAAUAUCGUGGGAAGAGACUUUCUUCCUCGUGGUACGGGUAUUGUAACACGACGUCCUCUGGUUCUUCAAUUGACGAAUGUCAAAGCAGGAUAUCACAAAGCCCCUGAAGGAGUGACUUUUAAAGAUGGCGAGAAUGCCGAUGAAUGGGGCGAAUUUUUACACAAUCCAGGCAAGAAGUUCUACGAUUUUAAUGAGAUUCGUAAUGAAAUCGUCAGAGAGACAGAUGCUAAAACCGGCAAGAAUGCCGGUAUCUCGUCUCAGCCAAUCAACUUGAGAAUCUAUUCACCGAAUGUUCUUACAUUGACUCUGGUGGAUUUGCCUGGUUUGACAAAAGUUCCUGUGGGGGACCAGCCAAAGGAUAUUGAGAGACAGAUUAAAGAAAUGGUUCUUAAAUUCAUCACCAAACCCAAUGCUAUUAUCUUGUCAGUGACUGCGGCCAAUACUGAUUUGGCCAAUUCGGAUGGACUGAAACUGGCUCGUGAAGUCGAUCCUGAAGGUGCUAGAACUAUUGGAGUGCUGACUAAAGUGGAUUUAAUGGAUCAAGGAACUGAUGUGGUUGAUAUUCUGGCAGGUCGGGUGAUUCCAUUGCGAUACGGAUACGUACCAGUAAUCAAUCGAGGCCAGAAAGAUAUUGAGACUCAUAAAUCUAUUAAGAAUGCAUUGGACUUUGAAAGAAAGUUUUUUGAAGAACAUCCAUCGUACCGAGCCAAGGCUCAAUACUGUGGUACGCCAUUUCUGGCCAGAAAACUGAAUAUGAUUCUCAUGCAUCAUAUUAAGACGACGCUGCCAGAUAUCAAGGCGCGAAUCCAUAGUACUCUUGCCAAGUACCAGUUAGAACUGGCACAAUUAGGUGAAGACGCAUCGCUUCUUGGAUCGCCUUCAAACAUUAUUCUUAAUAUCAUCACUGAACUGGCUAAUGAGUAUAGAACCAUUUUAGACGGCAACAGCCAGGAUUUGUCAACGAACGAGUUAUCUGGUGGAGCAAGAAUCAGUUUUGUGUUUCAUGAACUGUAUUCGAAUGGUGUAAAAGCAGUGGAUCCGUUUGACCAGGUUAAAGAUGUGGAUAUUCGAACUAUUCUGUAUAACUCGUCAGGAUCGUCACCAUCGUUAUUUGUAGCCACACAGGGUUUUGAAGUGAUUGUCAAGCAACAAAUCAAGCGAUUUGAAGAUCCCAGCUUGCGAUGUGUAGCAUUAGUUUACGACGAGCUGGUGCGAAUUAUUAACGGCAUUCUCCAGAAACCCAUUUAUAGACGGUAUCCCAACCUGAAAGAGCAGCUGUAUAACACCAUAGUGGUGUUUCUGAAGAACUGUGUGAAUCCCACUAACAAACUAGUGUCGGACUUGGUGAGUAUGGAGGCGUCGUAUGUGAACACGGCGCACCCUGAUUUCAUCAACGGACACAGUGCCAUGGCACAAGUUAACGAGAAACUGCAUCCCACCAAAAUGGACCCCAAAACCGGUAAACCCAUCAUCACCCAGCCCAGCAGUUCUGCAUCUCCCGAACCUGACGGAUCUGGAGGGUUCUUUGGUUCGUUCUUUGCAUCCAAGAACAAGAAACGACUGGCUGCUAUGGAGCCACCACCAACUGUUCUCAAAGCUUCUGGAACCCUUUCUGAGCGGGAAACCAUGGAAACUGAUGUGAUCAAGCUACUGAUCUCGUCGUAUUUCAACAUCGUCAAACGUACCAUGAUUGAUAUGGUACCCAAAGCGAUUAUCCUGAACCUGGUCAAGCACUCGAAAGAAGAAAUGCAACGUGAGCUGCUCGAAAAGCUGUACAAAUCCGACCAGCUCAACGAAAUGCUCAAAGAAUCCGACUUUACCGUGCAACGCCGCAAAGAGUGUCAAAAGAUGAUCGCCUCGCUCGAAACCGCGGCCGAAAUCGUCUCUUCUGUCUAA